UCUACACUACCACGAUGACGUAAACGUCCCAGGAAAUAUCACGCUGGCUCUCAAUUAGAGGAUCUCAAAGUCAUACAAGAUGGUGUUAGAAACUCUCUCCAGGAUUAUCAAGAUACAACUUCCAGCCUACCUCAAGAAGCUGCCUCUGCCAGAAACUAUCGGUGGAUUUGCGAGACUCACAGUUUCAGAGUGGUUGCGGCUCCUACCAUUGUUGGGCAUUUUGGCUCUGUUGGGUUACCUGACUAUCCGACCCUUCCUGCCCAAGAAAAAGAACCAAAAGGACAGUUUAAUCAACCUGAAGAUCCAAAAGGAAAACCCUAAAGUGGUGAACGAAAUCGACAUAGAGGACCUGAAGAGUCCAAACGUUUGCUACUGUCGAUGCUGGCGAUCCAAAACGGGAUGCACCGAUAUGACAUUUUUUGGUUGAGACCGAUUUUAACAAAAUCUAUAAGCUGAUACCAAUAUUUGCCACUCACGAUAUUUUGUCAUCAGAUCACUGUUUUACUUAAGACUAUGCUUUAAAGACAUACCAAGGGGUACAAAAGCUUUUUUUUUUUACUGUUCUAACAAUAAAACAUUUCUAUUGAACAUGGAUUGGAUCUGUUGAACACAUGAUGGGCCAACAUUUUAUAGAGAAAGAUAAAUGGAAGAUAAACGUAUUUAAAAAUAUACACAAAUUAACUAAAUAUAACAUAAUGAUAGAUAAGAAAAAAAAGGUUAUUUUGUACUUCUAAAACAUUUCUGCACUUCUGUUUUUGCAGUUCAAAACAACUGGUCACAUUUUACAUGUACUGUAUAUGAUAAAACAUUACAAAUUCAUACUAUGCUUAUGUUGGGCAAUUCCACUGAUAUGACAACCACAUCAUGAAAAAUUAAACAAAGAAAACAAAACCCCCUUUUAAAUUCUGUAUUAUAUUGGUAUAAUGGAUACUGCCAUCCAGACUGCAAAAGGGCUCCUGACUGAAGCACUGAAUGUGUGGUGUCCCCCCACCCCAGGUUAUAAUGGUUGCUACAGCUCUGGCUUGCUUUAUUACUUCAAUGAAAUUACAUUUUUAAUUGAAAAUAUACAGGUACAUAUUGACUUUAUCAUAUCAAGAUAUCAAAUGUACAUACACAUAUGGAAUAACAUACAUUUAUACAAUUUUCAGGGAAAUAAAAACAGAAAUUACAGAUAAAAAAAAAGACCAUGUAACUUUCUUUUUCUUUUUUUUACUACUGAGACUAGUGCAAUCUCUGAUAGAGAUAGAAAUGCCAAUGGUAAAUAAAAAUUUAUAAAUAUAAGAAAAGAACAAUAGAUGUAAAUAAGAAAAUAAAGUGCAAAGAUGUAAAAUUAUAUUUCGAAAGGUAAACGUUACUUAAAAUAUCAGGGGAUACUUUAAUUCAUUUAAUAAUACGUUUUAUUUUAACAGCGCUGUAACGGUUCAAGGACGGGCAAGGAGGUGGCGGGAACCGGCUGAACAGUCAACAUAAACUUUAAUGAUAUAAAUGAACUUAAAACAACAUAAAACAUAAGGACACACAGACACAUAUGCAGCACGGCCACGUGUGUCUCUCUCUCUUGAACCGGUGUCUCAGGCUUCCCUAUAUCUCACUCUCCCGCUGAUCUGCUGAUUCAGCUCCGGCCGUGCUCCAUCACGGCCCGGCCACGCCCUCCUCCUCAUCACACUCCUCCCCCGCCUGAUUCAGGCCAGGGCGCUACCGGUCUGAGACGCUGCCCUUCCGGCCGUUCUGUCAGCCAGUGAUCCACCCCGCCUCCUGUGAACAUGGGGGAAAGACGAGGGGAGGCAUGGGGAGAGGGAAAGGGCGAGCGGAGACACAGAGAGAGAGGAGAGAGAGAGAAGCAUUUGCUCGCCGGCUCCCGGACACGCUGUCGCCCAGUCCUCAACCGCUCCUCCGCCCUCUGGCGGACGCCAGCUUGCUCUUCCCCUGGCGAACGCCAGCGAGUCCUCCAGCCCCUGGCGGACGGAAACACUCCUCCCCUUCUCGGCAGACAGCUGCAGUUCCUCCGGCUCUUGGCGGCCGGCAGUGACCUCUCCGUCCCCAGGCAGACGGCCGCGGCUGCUCCCCUGGCGGAUGGCAGCGGUGAGGACUCCGCGACAGCGCAUCCCUCCUCCCUCCUGGGUUUCAGCACCACUGUAGCAGUUCAAGUACGGACAAGGAUGAGGUGUGAACUGGCUGAAGUCAACAUAAACUUUAAUGAUAUAAAUGAACUUAAACAUAAACACAAACACACAUGCAAAGCGGCUGUGUGCGUCUCUCUCUCUCUCUAACCGGCGUCUCCGGCUGCCCUUUAUCUCGCUCUCCCGCUGAUCAGCUGAUUCAGCACCGGCCGUGCUCCAUCGCCCUCCUCGUCACAAGCGCCUUUCCAAAAGCUCAAGGUCGCUUUACAGUCAGUGUACAUUGUUAUAACAAAAAAUUACAAGGGUCAAAGAAAAAAAACGAAAAAAAAAACUUUCAGCAACCAGAAAUAGAAUGAUAGUUCUGUGAGAAAAGAUGAGUUUUAAGCUGAGAUUUGUAGAUAGAGAUGGAGGAAAUGUUGCGGAGGCUUAUAGGGAGUGGAUUCCACAUUUUUGGUGCAAUUACACUGAAGGAUCUGCCACUCAAAGUCGAGAGGCAAAAUCUGGGGAUAGAGAGAGAGAUGGAUAAUUUAGGUAUAAGGGGUUCGACUGACAAAAAAAGUUUGGGAACCCCUGACGUAGCCUUUAGGUAAGUGCCACUUUCACAGCUGUCACAUCCGUUUAUGGUGGUUUUUCCCUUAAUGUCAGAAUGAGGAAGAACAUUUAAUAUUUCAUUUUUAUUCUAAGGAGUCCCAACCCUUCUACAUUUUGUGGCUAUCAUUAUUUCUGGAUUGUGCAUUUAAAUUCAGAGUUUUUACCAACUGUGAUUAUAAUUAAUUAUAUUUAAACCUGUUUUUUUUUUUAUUAUUUUUAAUCAGUUAUAUUUUUAUGCUUAUAACCGAUAUGCCGAUGGUUUUAAUUUGCUGAUAAAUAUCGAUACAUUGGUGCAUCCCUAUUCAUUUUUUUAUGAAAAAGAAAAAGCAUGUGUGAUUGUUAGCUUCCUGUUUGUCAGUGUCAGUUUUGUCCCUGGGUGCCCCUAAAACCACUGUUACUAUGAAAACUUAAGUUGUCUCUCUUC